AUGACUGUUGUGAAGCCUUCUUCCAACAUCGUUGAGGAACUCCUCGAAGAGGGUAUGGUGGACUAUGAGAUUGACACCGUAGCGUCGAGUGUCUAUGACCCGCCUCCAGCUAUGCCACUUGUGCGUGAUAUUAUGCACGUCGCGCCUUAUCCAUUCGUGGAACGCGAAGAGGUACCUUCACCCCUUGCACAGCUUGCAGUCUUCGAUACUGCGUCGGGUGUGUUGCACAACACCCUCAAUGAAGAUCAAGCUCAAUAUCUUCAGUCGGUCGACGACCGCAGGCGUCAAGCACAUCGUAUGCUCACAGUGGUAACCGCUUCACACUACCGAUUGGAGGAAUGCACUCGUCAUAAUGCCGGGCAGUAA